GUAUGUAUGUGAUGUCAUUCUGUGUAGUGGAUUUGCAUAGUUUUCUUUAGUGGAUAGAGGACAGACCUGGUGUUUGUAUUAACAGAAACAGGUGGAAACAUACUUCAGUCUACAUUAGUGGUACUGCUUACAUUACAAUGGAAUUACAGAAGUAUCUGAUGCUGAUAUUCAUCAUCAGUGACACAAGAAAAGCUAUAAAAGGCCAGAGCUGUGGGGUUUCUCCACUCAGCACUCGAAUUGUUGGGGGUGAGGAUGCAGCUGUAGGGAACUGGCCUUGGCAGGUCAGUCUACAAUAUUUUGGCUAUCACUUCUGUGGAGGGUCCCUCAUCAGCCAGGAAUGGGUGCUCACUGCAGCUCACUGCGUGUACUUCUUUUCCUCAGACAUUGGACUGAAUUGUACUGUUUAUCUGGGUAGACAGAGUCAAAAUAUCUCAGUCUCUAACCCACAUGAGGUGAGUCGAGGAAUCCUACCCAUCAUUCCACAUCCAGACUAUGACCCCUACAAGUUCACCAAUGACAUAGCCUUGCUAAAACUGAGUGAGCCAGUCAACUUUAACAACUACAUCAGACCAAUCUGCCUGGCUUCCAAUGACAGCGUCUUUCAUGAUGGCACAACCUGCUGGGCCACGGGGUGGGGAGAAACGGGUUUUGUAGGUGCUCAGCCCAGUUCUGGAGCUCUGCAGGAGGUGAAGAUGAAAGUGUUGGAAAAUAAGGACUGUAACUGCAUGUUUCAAGACCUCCUAUUUUUUGACAUAACAAUCGCUCCUACAAUGAUGUGUGCAGGAGGAGAGAGCGGUAAAGGAGUAUGUUUUGGAGAUUCUGGUGGUCCAUUACAGUGUAAACAGGACUCUGUAUGGAUCUUAGCUGGUGUCACUAAUUUUGGGAUUCCUUGCGCCACUGGAAUUGCACCUGACAGCUAUGCGAGAGUAUCCAAAUUCCAAAAUUGGAUCUUGGAGAAUGUUAAUGGAUCAGAUAUUGGAUUUGUGACAUUUUCAUUUGAUGGUGAAGAUAAAGACAGCAGCUUUUUGUGCAAUGGAGAAGAUAUAGCCCUAGGACUUUUUUACCCGUUUGGAAAUAGAGACAUAGAAAAUCCCUCUCAAGAUGAUGGAAACUCUACAGUAGUGUUGGAAAAGCCCUUUGUAUUUUUUGGACAUGUUUUUGAGCAAAUUUAUGUAAACAACAAUGGGCAUUUGACAUUUGAUGGGCCUCUUUCACAGCCAACACCAGAUUAUUUACUACAACUCAACAGAGACAUCAUUGCUCCUUUUUGGACAAACCUGGAUAACACUGUCAGUGGAAAAAUCUCCUAUCGUCAGAGUUCAUCUUUUCAAGUUGUUUUGGUCUCUGGUGGUUCUCUGUCUUUUGUCAUGAUGAAUUACGGAAAUAUCUCUGCUACAGAUCAACAGUUUCAGGCUGGAUAUGGCACAGUUAAUUCAACAAAUAAUUUUUCAAUUCCUGUGCCUGAUGAAAAUAAGCUCUUCAACUCCAGCAAUGUCAAUGUGCAGGGACGCUGGGUAUUUCGGGUUGAUGGUGGACCUGAGGAGGGUAAUUAUUUUGACUGUGUUUGA